AUGGCGACCACGUUGGCUGAUCACAAACGUCCUCAAUUACAGCCUGUGUGCCAGAAUUGCGGCACUUCUACGACACCUCUCUGGCGCAGAGACGAACUCGGCUCCGUCCUUUGCAACGCCUGUGGCUUGUUCCUCAAACUACAUGGCAGGCCCCGUCCGAUAAGCUUAAAGACCGAUGUCAUCAAGAGUCGCAACCGGGUCAAGACUGCUGGUCAGGGCCCCAAGCGUAAGUCCGGCGGCGCUAUCGAUACAAAUGGCUUGUCUACCUCGAGGUCCGAAGCAGGGACGCCGCCCAUGGGGUCCCAAGGAUACCGUCGCGCGUCGCGGAAGGCAUCACCGGGCCAUUCCGACCGAUCCAACUCACCCGUCUCCCGAACCGAAACGCCUGGUAUCCCUUCCAUGCAACAACCACACCCGCAGUCGCAACACAAUGCCAACAUUGCGCCCCAGCACAUGUUCGAUAGUGUCACAAUCGGCGAUCACGGUCUCAGCCAGCCGAAUGCGCUACCCUCGGUGCAGCCGCGCCAGCCCUCGCCCACGGCGACCUCGGCGGCUGUGGACCGCCAUCUCGAGUCACCACAGACCUACGAUGGACUGCUCGCAGCCAAUACCUCUUUGAAGACUCGCGUGAGCGAAUUGGAGUUUAUCAAUGAACUCUUCCGGGGCCGGGUGACGGAACUGGAGCAGAGCGGCGCGACUGCGCGCCGAUCGGAGAUGAUCGUCCGGGACUCCGAGGUACGACUCCGGCGGUCUCUGGAGGAGGCCCAACGGCGCGAAGACGAUCUGAAACGGCGGAUAUCUGAGCUGGAGCGACAGCUUAGCGACCAGACCUCCUCUGCCAACCCGGCGGGCAAUGACAGUCCCGGCGAACCGCUGGCCAAGCGGAUGCGGCUGUCCGACGUCGUGGAGCAACCUGCGGAAUCGCCGACAAAAUCCCCCAAGAGUGUCUAA